AUCGCCAGACACUGGAUUAAUCUCUGUUAGAUGUUUUAACGGUUACUCAGAUCACGACUGCUUGAUUUUUUAAAAGCGGUGUUUUGUUAUCUGUCUUAGAGUGCCUGUCACACCCAAGUGGAGACCGGUUCAAAACGAGCGGAUCGUUCACCGGUCGCCCACUCUAACUGUUGCAGCUGCCCCGGAAAGCUAGUUUUAGACAAGUGGCUAGCUGUAAACAGCCGACGGCUGACUCGUUAAUGCUUUAAACCAGCGUGUUUACAAAACUAACAGGGUAUUAACACCACACGUAAAGGGGAAAUCCACCAGAACUGGCAGGUAGGCGAACAAUAGGGUUAGAGAUGGAAGGAGACGACUGCAGUUUUCCUCCAGAUUCAUCAGAUGAUCACUCGCAAAGAGGAAGUGUUGCUUCCUCUGCAACACUCUCCCGUGCUCAAGAUGUGCUUAUAUACCUGUUUGGUGAGAGUGCAGUACACUUAAACGUAGAAGGGCUUGGCAGCAUCAAUGUGCAGGAGCUGGGUCGCAGUGUUCGUGAGGCUCUCCAUAUUCCUGAGUCUGUGCAGGAUGCUUUUGCCUUCUGGCUUUGUUCUCCGCUGCUCGAUUUGCAGUUAAAGGCGAGGCAUCAACCGUACAAACUGUGUCGGCAGUGGCAGGACCUGCUGUACCGCUUCACUGAGGCCUCAGAGGAAGACAUUUCACAAGAUGAACCGUACCUCCAAUUCCGUCGGAACGUGUUUUAUCCGAAAUGUAAAGAGCUGCAGAUCGACGAUGAGGCCGUGCUGAAGCUUCUGUACGAGGAGGCGAGGAGCAACAUUCUCUCAGGUCGAUACCCCUGCGAUCCCGAACACUGGACGGGUCUCGGAGCCUUGUCUCUUGCUCUUGAUGAGGGAACUGGCCUUGACGGCCAACAGUUUACUUCUGUUAUAAGAGAGAAGAAGCUGUCUUCGUUUCUGCCUGCACAUGUUGCCAUGGGGAGCGGAGGUUUGCUCUCCACUCUGAGGGGGAAGUCGAGCCGUCAGGCAGGACUGGAGCAGAACCUCCUGCAGGCGUACAAAAAGCUCAGCACAUCUGCUGGGAGCUCUCCCACACAGCUCCUACGCCAGUACCUCACCACAUGUCACGCUCUGCCUUAUUAUGGGAGUGCUUUCUUCCUUGGGGAGAUUGACAAACCAGCGCAAGGGAUUCUCCAAAGGGGAAAACGCAAAGCUGUCAACGUUGGGAUCUGCCUGGAGGGAGUUUAUGUGAUGGACGCCAAAGAAAAGCAUGUGCUGCUUGGCCUGCGUUUCAACGAGCUUUCCUGGGACCACAGCUACCCCGAGGAGGAGGGCGACUCGCACAUUCUGUGGCUGGAGUUCGAUGGAGAGGAAGACGGCACUCCCGUCAACAAGCUGCUCAAGAUCUACUCAAAACAAGCAGAGCUAAUGAGCGGCUUCAUCGAGUUCUGCGUGGAGCUGAAGUCUGCGUCCGAGGGAGCGGCUGCAGCCGAAAUCGACGGCGAGGCGAGCCUGUCUCAGCAGCCUGCCGGGAAAGAAGGCGGCAACAAGAACGGACGUGGAGGACGGCGCGGGAUGCUGCACAGGCAAAGCAGCGUUGUGUGCAGCCGGGUCCAUUCACUUAACACUAUCAGCUACGUGGACAAUGGAAAAGAAAUCAAACGCUUGAAGCCGAAGAGAGCCGCCUCCUUUUUCACCCGUCAGGCGUCUGCAGCCACGUACUCUGCUGUGCAAUUGACGGAGAGCCUGGAGCAGGGUUAAACUCUGCCAUCAGCUCCACCUACACGCCUGUCAAAGACCAAACCUGAACACUUUACAUUGAGAUUUAAAGACUUGAUACGAACCCAAGACAUUUAACUGAUAAUAUAUGAACAUGCAAAAGGACCAAGCGAGGGAUCUAAGUGUGAGUGACAAUAUUUAUCUUUUGAAGUUGUGUAUAUUAAGAGAGUACAGUAAUGUGAAAAACUAAACUGAUCGAUGAACAGCGACGCUUCCGAGGUUAAACUGAAGUGGCCAUUCAUUAGAUGGCUAUUGAUUCAUAAGUCUGAGACAAGCCUUAGAGAAAUCCUCAGACAGUGACUUCGAUCGAUCGAUGACUGUAUGAUAUCCUUCAACCUUUCUGCAGUGCUCUGGAGCUCUGUAUACUGCUAUUCAAAAAUGUUAAAACCUCAUUUGAGUAUAACCACUGCAUUACCUCUUUUUUUACGUUAACCCUCAUUGGGGGUUGAACAUCAAGAACGCCUCAGUGUAUCCCCCGUAUAACAUUUUGUAACUUCUCAAAGCUGUAAGAGUGACCACAGACUCUUCACAGUCACAAUGACAACACACUUUCAGGGGACGAUCUAAAGGGCGUGUUCCCACUGUUCUGCUCUCUCAAGCUGCCAGUGCCUUGUUCUCACGAAAGGGUGAAGACACUUCAGAAAAGUGGCCGUAGAAACGUUAAGUGGUUGGUGUUACUGAUCAUAACGAGUCCUGUAUGGAGGCACAUUUGUUGUGCUGUGGAGGUUUCUUGUAAGUACAAACUUUGAUUAAAAUUUGACACAUCUCACUUUAUUAGUGAGAGCAAAAUGGCUUGAAUGUAGUGUAAACAUGUAAAACAACAGGAUAAAACCGAAAAUAUUUUAUGCUCAUUGGGGAACAUUGAUUAAUUUGCACCAAUAAAUUGGUGUCAAAAACCUCCCAAACCAUUCUGAGUCAGUAAAAAUAAGUAUGAAUUCAUCUUAUAAAAGAAAUCUAACUUCCAAAUCGUCGCUGGUACAAGUGACAAUGUGCACUAUUACUUACAAAGUAAAUCUUAUGCAAUGCCAUGGUGCAACUUCUAAAUAAUCCUGUUUUGCUGUUAUCAGCACGACUUUAACCUGCUGACUCAUAAACUUCUGCAGCCUACCCGUCUGUGUUCUGGUCAUCCAUGUGUAAUGAUUGUUUUCGUUGCAAACAAUCCGUUGAAAUUAUCUGAAAGAAAACAGGGAACACUGUCAGUUAUUCAGCUUCGUGACAAUGAAUUUUUGCAUACUCCUGUGGGGUUUUAUUAAAAAUAGGACAAACUUCUAAACCCGUAAAGGAACGCUUCACUUUAUCUGACAUGGACAGCGAUUAGGUGCUCUGUGCAUACGCCGCAGACCUAACCGACCAGUAACAUGUUGAAAUCUCUGUCUGUACACCAAAGCAAGCCUGUCUAACAUGCUGCAACACAGUAUGCUACCUUAACAACCAACCCAGACUUCAGUGUCCUGAAGACUCCUCCAGGUUUCUCUCUGAACUUCACCCUAACGCAGGCAGUUUCUAUCUUUGCUGCGCAUUUAACGAACAAGCUCGCCUCACUAAUGAUCACGAAAGAAGGUAAACCAUAAUGAUAAUAAUGUAAUACUACCUUCCACAUGAACAUAUGUCCUGAUUUUGAGAUGUGGCAGCAUCAUUUAUUCUUCCUGACUCUCCUGAGCAUGCAAACUGCAGAAUGUUUUUACUUUUCUACGCUUCGACUUGUUAUACGUCAGCUACAGUCUGUAACCUAACCUAACCUAACGCAGCAGUCCGAUAUAUUGUUGCUAACUUACACUAUGCAUGUCACAUUGUAGAAUAGGCAUUCCGACAGACUACACAUCAUGUGAUACUGCACUAUUAAUACUAAUGUACACUGUUUAUACAUUUGCAGAUGUUUUUUGUAUUGUUGGCUUUUAUGAGAGAAUAUUUUUACUUUCAUUUUCAUAUACUGUCACGGUUUGUACACGAGAAUGAAGUGAAGAAAUAGGUCAUUAUAAGCAUUAUCUUCUCAAGCAAUCACUUUGGAAAAGCAUUAAGUGCCUUUUUGUUUGUACUGAGUUGGAAUCUGAACGACCGUUUUGGUAAUCAGAAUGAUUUUUUUUUUGUUAUUGCUAUAGUUUAAAAAAAACAAACUGUCUUGUAAUAUAUAUAUUUCCCACAUUUUAAACUAGACCAUGCAUUUCACCUUUCCUAGCUGAUGUGAGUAUAUUGAUAUACUGAAUAACUACACUGGGCUGCUGUUGAACAGUGUAUUGUGGUUCCUUCUGCCUUCAUUAAAACAUGUCUGAUAUGCUUUUUUUUUAAUAAACAGGUGCAAAGUGGGCCCAUUUCUCUGAAAA